UCGUUUGGGCCAGUUUCUCUACCAACACACGAUACAGACUGAUUACUUCCACAAACCAAUCCAGCUCCUCAUCAGCCGACAGCUACACCACUAAAGUUAUUAGGUCACAACAAACAAAUAUUCGGUCUCACGAAGGGAUUUUGAUUAAGCAGCAUCAAAUGUGGGACUUGGUGAUCAACUUUUUACAGACUUCGGAUGCUGGAACUUACACUUGUCGCUUGAUUGGGCGGACACAGCAAAUGAUCAAGUAUAAGGUGAGAGUUACAGAAAAGAAGUUGCUGCUAAUAAACAGCUGGAAGAAAUUAGUACACAUUGAAGCACCAUCAAUGAUUCGUCUUGGCUACGCCUUCAAUCUCACUUGUUCGGUGGGAGUGAGUCACCAAAAUGCCCCAAAUGUGGCUGUCGAUUGGUUCCGUCCUGAGGUUUCUUAUGAUGAAGUAUUGGUGAAAAACCAUUCGAAUGCUUUCGGCAACAACUCCGCUCUAAGCAGAAGGAACAAUUCAUUUCCGGUACACCGAUUUGCGCAGUCCUUUGCACAGUUGGUAAGUAAACCGGAGUUGGGGAUCAAGGUGUUCAAACAACUCGACGUAGAUCGACGACUGAAAUAUCGCAGCAGCGUGGUCUUUGUAGCAAAUAAAGCCUACACUUUGAACAGGGGUUUCUAUGAAUGUCGUGCCUACGAACCUGUCAACCGGGGCCAGGAGAGGAUAUUGGAUCGAGCGAUUUUAUAUGUAGUUGUGCACCAACCGUAUCCUAUCCGACAAAGCAAUACGGAGGAGUGGUCAAGGAAUCUAGCAAUUAUGCUCGCGGAACACUGGAAAAUGCAGCCCGAAGGUCGUCGGAUGCGAGCGGAUGAUCACCAUACGCAAAACGAUGCGCACGCAAGAUCCAAAGAUGGCAUCUCCUCUCCGUUUAAAAAUCAUACUGAGUUCCCCAUCGAUUUACGAGGAAGAGGAACAUUGCUACGUCAAAGGAACUCAUAUCCCAGAGACAAGCCUAACACUGGCAACGGUAUGAACUACCGAAGGAGGCUGAACAAGCGGUUUAUCCACGGUCUGACAUUUGCAAACUUUUUAACCCUAUUUUAUACUGUUACAUGA